GUUUGUAUUGCUAACGGAAAAUGUACAUGUGCACAGUAUAUUUUUUCUUAGUUUUUAUACAAAUUGAUAUUACGUUUGCCCAGACCGAUCCAUGUGCAAGUUAUUCAACUUUAGACAAUGUUAAAAGGUCUGCAGGGUAUACUCUUGACUUGGAUAAUGACAUAGCAAUAAGUGAUGACAGACUUGAUCCUGGAUGGUACAGAAUUGUAAGUGUUGCUGGAGAAGAAAUUCCUACUGCAGCGCCUGGGACAUUCAGAUGUGGCUCGUGGUACCCAAUAUGGUUAAAUGGUACCCUACCAACAGAUGUAAACUCUGAAGUGUCACAAUCUGUAUGCAUUCAAACUUUAACGAAUGUGUGUCAGUCCACCUGGAAUAUCGACAUCAGAAGGUGUCCUGGUGAUUUUCUUGUUUACAAUUUACUAAGCAGCCAGCUUACAAAAUCGGCAUAUUGUUUUGGGACAGAGGUGGAAUGCCCCGAUGGAGAGUAUUCCGAAACAGGAUAUUCACCUGGGUGUUCAUCUGACGUACCACCUGAAACAUUUGUAUCGCUUGUUCAAGCAGAAUUAGCGGAAGGUGCUAUCUUGAAUCCUGCUCUAGGACCUAGCUUAGAGCCAGUGUUUAAAUGCUCGUUUGCUGAAGUUUCUGGACAAAAUUAUGUUUAUGAUGUGUAUUGGUUUAUAAAUGACCAGUCUGUAGUUACACACAGACGGCUUGAGUUCUCUAACAUCGGUCAAGCUUUGUUGCGUCCAAACGACUGGGUGGGGAACUAUCAAAUAAAUAUGGUGGUAAAAUGUGCUGUUCGUGCAAGACUGGAUGCAAACUCUGUUCCAGGGCCAUAUUUUUAUAGUGAGCUAUUUGAAGCCGGUGUAAAGCCUGAAAGUUACAAUUAUCAGAUAGAAGAAGGACAAGAAAUAGCAAUUCCAUUUAGGUCCUCAGUUCCCGUCGGCUGCAUUGGAUCAUCGGAUGUUAUCAAGAAACAGUGCACUCACACUCUGAAAGUAUCGCAGCCAGAAUAUCAAAAUAAUCCAGAGGAAACAUGCACAACAAACAUCGAACCGCAGUCAUUAGCCUUUGAAACACAGGAUUGUGGGGUAACAUUUUCCACGACGAGCUGGAACGAUCCUGUUUAUUUAAAUGUUACUGGAUACGUUGACAAUGUUUACAAUUCAUUUGAUAGGACGGGAAACAUUCGAAUUAAAACAGGAGCAAACAGCGUAACAGAUCUCUCAGGUGUUUGGAACACAGUUAAUAUACCAGAUAUUCAGGUGGUAGUGUCUGAUCAUGACUCUGCGGUGACAUCUCGCACCUGUGGUACAUGGAAUGACCCGAUAUAUCGAACUGCUGAUGGCCACAGAUUCUGGCAUUAUGGCUCAGGGGAAUUUAUUUUGUACAGACAUAAAAAGUAUCCCUAUUGGGUACACACUUUAACAACAAGCUGCGCGAGAGGAUCCUGCAACUGUGGAAUUGCAGUUCGAAGUCACGACUCUCUAUUUGUAAUCCGUACGUGUGAUGUUAUCGCAACAGAGUUUUAUGCAUCAGGAAGAUAUUAUCCAAGUAUUUCAUAUGCCGUUUGUGAUAAUAAACACAUGGUCAUUGAAAAAACGUCAAAUGGUUAUAAGGUCACGCUCCCCAUAGGCACAGAAAUUAGUAUUCACGUGAGUGGUAGCUGGAUUCCAACAAUUACACUCAAACCUUCUGCAUUAGAUAUUGAACAAAGUGAGGGUAUCUGUGGAUUUGUAAGCCAAACAAAAGAUUCAUCAGACGAUCUGGUACCAAGAGGAUCAAAUACUUCAAUAUCAUCAACUACAGAUUUUGUAAAUUCAUGGCGAGUCGCUCAAAAUUCUGAUGAGGAAUUAUUUUCACCGUUUCCAAGGUUUUCUUCAGAAGAUUUGUUUUUAAAAGAAUAUUGUAUAUGCGCCAGUGAAGCCGGUCAUACCGACGAUAUUAACGAUUUUACGAGUGUUCAGUGUAAUCUAACAACGCCAAUGAUACAAUGCAAAAACACACGAACACCAAUAGCAGACAGGUUGUACCAAGAAUGUCAUACAACUAGGCGAAAACGAGACACUUUAGAUAUGGCACUUCAUGAUAAAAAAAUCGUAAAAAAAAAUGCUUUAGAUAGUGAUGAUAUAGUGGAAGAGAACACACUGACAUAUGAUGCAAAUUACAAUCCAGAUUAUUUACCACCAGAUCCUGUAUGGAGAAAUGGAUGGUCAGAAGAAUCAGCAAGGCAAGAGUGUACCAAUGGACUUUCAGAGAUGCCUGCUCUUGCCUUAUGUCAGAUGUAUGGCCAUUUAGUUUUAUCAGAUUACAUAGAAUCAUGUGUAAUAGACGUUAAGAUCGCAGGCAGUACAGAAUUCCUUCGAUAUACCAUCUGGUUAAUGGAGGAUGAUUGUAAAUUUGAAAUAAACAGGAACGAAAGUCUCUUCACAAGUAGCUCUGGAAGUGAUGGAAAUUCAGUUCUUCAAAUGAUACAAAAUCUGUUAUGUCCUUCUAACUGUAGUAACCAUGGUCACUGUAAUAGAACCGAAUGUGUUUGUUAUGAUGGUUAUAUUGGAACUGAUUGUUCGAUCUCAAUCUCUGAAGCACCACAGGAGCUAACUGUACCCGACGGUGGAUUAUGUCGAACUAAGUCAAGAUCAUGCAAAAAGACAAACAUUUUUGGAGUAUUUCAUAUACCUGUAGUUUAUUGCAAAUUUCAACAUUUCACUAUUGCUGAAGACGGGAAACAGCUAUCUGGGAGUACACAUAUCAAAACAGCUGUUUUUUCAUUUGACAAUAUGAUUUCCUGCGAAUUCCCGGAGUCAUCACGGAAACGGCGAUCGACAAACGAUGGUGCAGAAGGAUAUGAUAUAUAUCUGUCAUAUGAUCAAAUUAAUUACGGGGACUCGGUCACAGUUAUUAUAUUCGACGAAGACUGUUUUACUUGUAAUGUCUCAACAUCGACUUGUGUCAGAUCGGAAACCUGUACUUUAGAUCCUGGAACCCAUGAUGAUAAAGAAUCAAAGUCAAGUACUCGUCUGAUUGCCAUCAUAGCUGUUAUCAUAUCAAUAGUUGUUUUCGUGACAAUCGUGUCAUUGCUUGUCUUGAUGAAAUAUAAAAAGAAUAAAGAUAAACAACGACGACGAAAUAGUAAUCAUAGUGAUCAUAGUAUAUUCGUACAGGCAGGUAUACAAAACGAAAACUGUCCACCAAGUUCAACAGGUUUUCCACUGCAGUAUAGAAAAGACACAAGUGACCUAUCGAUUGCAUGGACAGAAAGAACCGCUAGCCCAGUUGAUCUUUUCAAAGCUAAACCAUACAACUAACUAAGGGCCACAUGGUCAUCAUGAAUUUAAUAAAACUAUUAUUUACAAAAUUUGAAAAAAAAACAAGAAACUCAUCUGUUGCCACCUUCGAAAAUUGCUUAAUCGAAAGGAUGAUGUGUGAUAGAAACUAAAACAAAUUUUAAAACAUUUCACAAUUAUGCUUGAUCAAUGAGUAGGUAGUUAUAGUCCGACGACUUUUAGUGAAAAUGUCAAAGUGCUGUUAUUGUAACAUCCUAACCAUAUCUUUUUUUUGUGGACUGAAUGUAUUAAAAAAGGAGAUUUUGUAUGGUUGAUAUUUGGACAUCCACACAAAAAAUACGAUAAGACAAGGAUGUGAACAUUUACAGGUUACCGUAAGGUCUCAACGAAGAUCAAAAUUCAAGCUGUAUAGUAACCUAAAACAUGCCCCGCGAUGAUAAAAAUCUGAUUAAAUCCAUAGUGAGAAAUAACGGCUCGAUUUGAGUUAAUAUCAUUUAAGAAAAAAUAGCGAUGCCUAAAAUAGUUGACAGACAUCAACUUCUUUACCAAAAAUUGAGCAAGGAUGUUGCUAGUAUCUAAAUAUUAUCUGAACUAUCUACAAUUACAAUUGGUGGUAAUUGGGAAGCCUUGGUGUUUUCCUUAUAUCAACAACUUUUACAUUGUUAGUGGCAAGCUAAUAUGUUAGAUAAAAAGCAGAGUUGUUAUGACUGAUAUCUGUAACAAAUUAACUUAUCCAUUGUUCGAAACAAAAUAAAAAUGUUUCUUUUUUAAUUUCUGUAUUAUUAUACUUUACAGAUGCAUAGCAUAUUGCCUUCCUGCAUUGUUAAUGACUUUGUUGUACAUGUAAGAAAUAUUGUCAGAUGUACAGCCACUUUUGUUGGCGUGUAGUAUUAUAUGAAUUCUUAAUCGUCAAUUUUAGUAUUUUUAGCUUGCAUUCUGGAACUACAAAAAUUUGAUGAUAUACUUUUUGUCUUUUUUUACUUUACAUUACCAGUAUAGUUGAGUACUUUGUUGAAAUGACUAUCAUAUUCUGUACAUGUAUGUACCUUUUUGUUGAUUUUUAUAUUAGUUAUAUCUUCAUUUUUUUUAUCCUUUGUGGGUUCGUUUUGAUUUCAUUUUUUUAAGUGUAAGUUACAUUACAUAAGACUGAAUUCGAUUAAGAUUUUCACUUCUGUAUCAUAUGUUAUAACAUAUAUAAGCACUUGUCUGUUGUUGAAGAUCGUAUGUGGAGCACAAGAUAUAUUUUGUUCUUUUUGUGUCAUUGAAGUGCUAUUUCAUUUACGUAUACACAUCUUCUGAUUUUUCAGACUUAUCUUACGUGAAUAGAACAUCUGGUGUUCGAUAAAUUUAUAACACUUUGUUAUUUUAAAAAUUAAGGUACCAAGAAAGCGACUACACCAUGUCUUCUUUUUUCCGACUAAUAAUUCCCGUGAAAGUUGAAGGUAUUUUGCUAAAAUAUGAUAACAUUUACGAAAUAAAUUAGACAUUCAUUUGAAAUUAACAUGUCCUUAAAACAUCAUAGGGGAGGAUAAGAAACUAUUAAAGUGUGUUGUAUUUUCAAAAUGCUGGAAUUUCAUAGGCUUAUGAACAGAAAUCUUGACGCUAUAGUCAAUUGAAUUCAAGCGUAAAUAUAACAGUACAGAAAGACAUUUACGUCUUUCAACACUCUCAAACACACAAACAAGAAAAGCAUCUUAGUGGUUAUUUUUUUAAUAUAUUGAUGGCUACUACUUCUACAUUUUUGUCGAGCCUGCGACUUUUGUCGCAAAAGCGAGACAUAGCGAUCCUACAUUCCGUCGGCGUCGUCGUCGUCGUCGGCGGCGUCCACAAAUAUUCACUCUGUGGUUAAAGUUUUUGAAAUUUUAAUAACUUUCUUAAACUAUCCUGCAUUUCAACCAAACUUGGACAGAAGCUUGUUUAUGAUCAUAAGAUAGUAUCCAGAAGUAAAUUUUGUAAAACAAAUAUCCUGUUUAUCCGUAUUUUACUCAUAAAUGGACUUAGUUUUUCUGCCAGUUAACAUUACACUCACUCUGUGGUUAAAGUUUUUCAAAUUUUAAUAACUUUCUUAAACUAUCCUAGAUUGGUACCAAACUUGGACAGAAGCUUGUUUAUAAUCAUAAGAUAGUAUCUAGAAGGAAAUUUUGUAAAAAUUUAUUCCCUGUUUUUCCGUAUAUUACUUAUAAAUGGACUUAGUUUUAUUCCAGUUAACAUUACGUACAGUCUGCAGUUAAAGUUUUUAAAACAUUUAUUAGAUUCAUAAACCUUCUUUUUACCAAACUUGAACAGAACUUCCGCGGAUUUUAGAUUAUUUGCAUGCAAAUUGCGUUAUAUACAAAUGUAUCAUGAUAAGCCAUGCUGUUUGAAAGGAAAUGCUAAAUGCUAAAUAAAAAAUGCUAUUUUAAAUAUCACAUUAAAUACUUACUUUUGCCGUAAUUUCGUCAGAUUCCGCAGACAAAAUAAUAGUAUAUCAGUAUGAGUGUAAUUCCCGAAAAAUCGUGUUUUGACUGUCAUGGUAUCUAGAUGGUAAGAAAUCACUUGAACUUGGAUAAUUAACAUCUUUUAAAAGGAUGACAAAAUGUGAUUAAGAAUUUUAAUGAAAUCAUACAAAUCUAUCAAGCUUCUAGUUUCAAAUUAGACAACUACCCACUAAAGACAAUAGGAAAAGAAUGCAAACAAAUGUAGGUCAUCGCAUGACAUUCAACAAUGAGUGAAUGAUGCCACAUCAGCUGAAAUGUGAGUGUACACGUUCUACAAUGAAAUUGUUUGAAAUUUAAUUUGGCAAAGUACUUAGUUUUCUGCCAGUAAAAAUGUCUAGAGUGUUUAUAUUUCAUGUCAUGACCUUUACCUGACAGUAUUGGACUGAAACAUAUUGUUCAUGUUCACCUUAUAUUUGUGUAUCAUUUAGAAAGAAAUCAUAUCAUGUUGAUAAAAAUAGACAAAUUAUGCCUCAUUAUAUGUAACAGUUUAAUAAAUUGUUUCUGUAGCUCUUUACCUGGGAGCUAACCUUUCGCAUUUUAGACUUAAAUAUUUAUAUGUUACACAUUUUACAUUUGUAUGAAUUCAUAUCUACAUUAUUGACCAUAAUCUCUAAAAUAUUAAUUGCGAACAGAGUUUUGUUCAACUUUGAAGUAAACUGAAAAGCAUAAAUUCAUACAGAUAUCCAGGUGCCAGAUUAUCUAUCACUUUAAACGUUAUUAUACCCCCACUCAAGGUACUGUUAAUGUUACUACGCUGUAUAUGGAUUAGAAUCUGUUAUUUUUGCUAUCGAAAAAAGGAAAGAUUGUUGCGUUUUCUUUCUUAGAUUUUCAAGGGCAUGGAAUUUUUACAAUACCAUAUUUUACAUUGUCAUAUGCUAACAAUUUUGAUUACUUUCAAGAUAAUUUAUCUAUUGAAAUUUAUCCAGAAUACGUUCCUUUGGAAUAUAACGUUUUACGAACAAAAUGGGUAGAUUAAUGAAGUUUAGUUUCGGAAAUAAUUUCUACUUUAAUGUGUAUCAAAUAUUAUAAGCAGAUUUAACAUCAUUCUCUUGCAUUCCUUUUGUUCUAAGUUGGGUUUUUUCGGUUGUUGUCGUUUGUCACAUUUUGGUGGUGGGUGUUUUGUCUUUUUUUUUAUUUGGAGUUUAUCACAGAUCUUCGUUAGUCUCUGCUUAGUUUACCCACAGCUGUUUAGAACGUAUGUUGACCUCCAGAUGGCUGGCAUAUUUUAUUUAGAACAUUUUAACUUAAAAUGUUAAGUUUACUGAUUUUUGUAUAUGAAGAAAGGAAUAUUAGGCAUCAUCCAACUAAUCAUCCGUCCGUGACUUUAUAUUUUAUCAUAUUCAAAAGUUUUAUAAUUAGAUGUGUUUAUAUGUGGCACGGUAGUAUUUCCUGGCCCAUAGGGAUACAUUGUAAUGAUAGCCUUUUUAAAAUUAUCACCACUUUCUAACACUGCCCAAAAUUCUACAUACACAGUUAACUGAUGUACUUUCAUUAUAAUAUUCAGAAAUGAAUUUGAAUAUGUAUCAUGACCGUUUACUUUUUUUGCUAUCUUUAAAACCCUAAGGCCACUAGUGCUUUUAGGUCUUUUAUCAUGCAGUGAAUACAAAAUUCUCAAAAAUUCUCAAAAAUUCAUUUUCACCUGUAUGUAAAUUUAUUUUAUAUUUUUCUACACCUGGUUCAUCCCUCAGUUUGGGAAAGUAUGUUCAGUUGAUAUGUACUGUAUUUUUUGUCCAAUCACACUGUUCAGAUACAUUGACUUAAGUAGGGUACACAAAAGUGCAACCUUAAUUCCGGAAUGCAAAUACUACCGUGCCACCUAUAAAUAAAUACUCAUAGCUUCCCAUUGAUAUUUCGGAUGCUGCUAGUCGUCAAAACUUUAUGAUCAGGUAAAAACUAAAAAGUGAUUUAAAAGGACAUUGACUCUCAUACAUGCAGUUGUAUGGCAGCUUAUAAAUGUUUUUGAUUUUUCUGAAAUGUAGUCAAUACAUGUCCCUGUGUUAUUUUUAUUAUGCAUUUGUGUGUGUGUGUUUGAAGACAUAAGUAAAGGAACAAUUAAAAUAUACUUAUGUUCAAGAUUUAUCAAACUUUAUUACAAUACUUACUGUGAUUUUCCUUCAUAUCUUUUUAUGUAUUCAUUUUAUCAUGUUGUAUGUUUUAUGCUAGUUUCAAUUUUAACAAGCCUGUAAAUGGAGGUCUAAAGAUAAUAUUGUGCAAAAUUUUGAUUUUUUUUUUUGUCAAAGAGAGUAUAAAUAAUAUAUAUAAAUAUUAAAUGUAUAUUUAUAAUGAGAGCUGUAUCAAUAAAAACGUUGCAUAACUAA